CUUAACUCCACAAUCAAUCGAGCUCGUUUACUGUGCUCAUUUACACAUUACACUAAACUAUUUAUUGGAAUUAAUAAACUUUUUUGAACACAUAAUGGCUCUGGAAGCGAUUUGCGGCAUGAAUAAAAUGCCCUUCAUGCGGCGCUUCGAUGACGUGCAGUCCGAAUGGCAGAAGGAGCAGCUUCGCGAGGCAACCAGUAAUUUUGAGAAUCCCUACGAACUGAUGGCGCCUCCCUUCGAAAGGCCCGCUGAGAAUCUGCCCAAGAUCCUGUCGCACUGUGGCAUUCACAUGGACUUCGAUCACGGCACCACCACUCUGGGCUUCAAGUACCGCGGAGGAGUGAUUCUGUGUGCUGAUUCUAGAGCCACCUCUGGCCAGUAUAUAGGAUCCCAGACAAUGAGGAAAAUAGUCGAGCUGAACGACUAUAUGCUGGGCACCUUGGCCGGCGGAGCCGCGGAUUGCGUCUACUGGGAUCGGGUUUUGGCUAAGGAGUGCCGACUGCACCAGCUGCGCUAUCGGAAACGCAUGACCGUGGACACGGCUGCCCGGAUCAUCUGCAACAUAUCCACCGAGUACAAGGGCAUGGGUCUGGUGAUGGGCAUGAUGCUGGCCGGCUUUGACGACGAGGGACCCAAGCUGAUUUACGUGGACUCGGAGGGCAUGAUAUCCCAUGGUCAGGUCUUCUCCGUGGGCAGCGGCUCUCCAUAUGCGCUCGGCGUGUUGGACACCGGCUACCGGUAUGAUCUGUCCGAUCAGGAGGCCUAUGACCUGGCAAGACGAGCGAUUUACCAUGCGACCAGUAAGGAUGCCUAUUCUGGCGGAAUCGUGCGUCUCUACCACAUCCAUUCGGAGGGCUGGCGAAAUAUCUGCAACACGGACUGCUCCGAUCUCCAUGAAUCGUAUUGCGCAUCUGGAUGCCCGGGGAACGAGAAUGAUCAAGGAAACGCGGGCGAUCCUGGCAAGGAUACGCCCUGUUCCAGUGGCUGGACGAAGAAGAAAAUCACAGAAAACAAUUUGCAGACUACUCUAGCAACAGUAUGAAAAUUUGCAAAUUAUUGGAGCAACAUUAGGAACAUAUUUCAAAAAAUUCUGUGGUAGUAAAACUUCUGUCGU